AUGUACAAAGAACUCGUCAGGGAUGGCGUGGAUGGCAUUGUUAAGGUUUAUGGAUUCUUCUCAGCUAAGAUCAGGGCCGACGAGGAGUGCUACAUUCUACUCAUGGAAGGCGGAGGCAUGCCCUUGUCCGCCCGGCUUAACCGUGCCAAUUUCAAGAGCCAUCUUAGAACUCAGAGGGCGACAUGUGGUGCAGCGGUUGCCUCCUUCAAUCAGAAAGGCUUUGUCCACGGCAACAUCACUUACGACCAUCUCCUCCUAGACGUCAAGGCGAAGAAGGCGAGCCUGAUUAGCUUGAGCAAGUGCAUCCAACACCACGACACGUCGGGUGACGCGUUUCGAAGUCAGAAGGACGAAGACGAACAACAGAUAAGAAGCUGUUUGGGCGAAUCAAAGAACGUGUUGAGCGCGUAA